AUGCACCUCCUGCUUCUUCUUUUGAUCUUCACAUCUUCAUUGAGGCCUGGCUUGGGCCCCUCAACUUGCCCCUCUUCGUGCAAUUGCUCCCCUGGUGCCACUAUUUACUGCAACAGCGCUGGACUCCGCAGCCUCCCUAGGGAAAUUGCUGCUUCCACCAUCUCGCUGAACCUGUCCAAUAACUUUCUGCGCUUGCUGACCACCGACGCCUUCAGCAACCUCACCUACCUGAACAGUCUCUGGCUGGAUCGCAACAACCUCACUUUCCUGUACCCGGGAGCUUUUAAGUCACUCUGCAACCUGCGGGUCUUAUAUCUCAGCAGGAACCCCAGGCUGACCUACCUCCAUGCCAACACCUUCCAAGGCCUUCAUAACCUCAUCAGUUUGGAUUUAUCCCACUGCAACCUCUUUGAAAUCCACCCUUUUGUUUUCUCCCACCUCCCCUCUUUGGAAGCCCUCGACCUAACCUCCAACAACAUGCGUUACAUCCCACAAGCUUUCCGGAGCCUGACGAGCCUCACACAGCUGUCAAUGGAGAGGAACCACAUCGAAGCCAUCGGUAGAGACUCCCUGAAGGACAUGGGAGCCCUGAGAGAGCUGAACCUCCGGAAGAAUCGCAUCUGGACCAUCCAAAAGGAUGCCUUCCUCCAACUGGACAGGCUUGGCACGUUAAAUUUAGGACACAACCGUCUCUCCAAUUUGCCUAAUCAGCUCUUCAGCGGAUUGACGCAGCUCAAGAGCAUCCACCUAGAGGCCAAUCGGCUCACCAGGAUCAGCUGCCCUUUCGACAGUCUCCAGAACUUGAGGAAGCUCUACCUCAACAACAACCGGAUUUUGUCCAUUGCAGGUAAGAAUGGACAGGUCUUGUCCAUUUCAGUUCCUCUUAGUUUAUCGUGCCCCCCCCAUCUUAAAUUCUAAAAUCUCCCACAUUUCUGUAGGAAUUUGUGGCUUUAAAAGCAACAACAACAGCCUUGUGAAAAUUCAUCAGCAUUUCCAUGAUAAUUGUACCUAAUAAACACAUUUUUGUAUACAUUAAGCUAAGAAACAAUGGACUAAUAUACAUAUGGCUAAUGUACUCUCAGCACAAAUGAUUUUUACUAAUGUGAAUUUUGCACGCAAAAUUUUCAUCAAAAUUUAUUAAUUUAUUAUUUGAUCUGCUGAAUCUCUAUUGACAGAGCAUUCUGCAGGACUGUGCUGAUAACACUAAAGUCUCUAUUUCUUGCUGUUAUCAAGUGAGCCUCACCAACUCAAAGAAUGAUCAAUAACACUCCAGUGUUGAUCUCACUGAUCAAGCAAGGAGAUAAGGAUUUAGGUGGUCCCUGAGCUGGCCUGGUCUAAGUUGUUCUGGGCUUUGUAAAUUCAUGCAAAGACCUUGAACCUUGUGUAUAUACAGUGGUACCUCCAGUUACGAACUUAAUUCAUUCUGGAGGUCUGUUCUUAGGCCAAAACUGUUCAUAACCUGAGGCGCACUUUUGCUAAUGGUGCCUCCUGUUACUGCUGUGCUGCCGGUGCACGACUUCCACUUGCAUCCUGGGGCAAAGUUCACAACUUCUGGGUUAGCAGAGCUUGUAACCUCCUAGCGUUCGCAAGGAGGAUGGUAUGUAACACGAGGUUCCACUGUACACAGUAUGAUCACAGCUUAUGUGUGGGUUCAGUUCCAAGGCUUCUGUGUACACUCGAAAAUGUGUAUAUUCAAACUGCCCCCUUGGAACUGGCACUGCACAAGCAUCCCCAGCCUUCUGGAGCCAGCAUGCUAAGUGGGCCUUGCCCCCCAAGUGAGGCAGAGAGCUUAAAAACUCUUUCCACACCUGGAAAAUGCAGUGCAAAAAAUUCUUCCAAGUUCUCCAUCUUGCUUGCCGUGUUUCAAUCAGCCAACCUUCAACUGCACACGGCUGGAAUCACACCAGUUAAAUGCAUGUAAGUUGUGAUUGUACUAUGUAUAUAUGCAUAUUUAUGCACAUUUCUGCCUAAUCUGUGCUUUGGUUGUCUGUAGAACCACAUCACAAAGUUCUGAGAAGGGUAGGUGUCAAAGGACCAGCUGCAUUUCAGUCUGCCUAUUGCUUUGAGAAUCAUGAAUUUGAUUGCUUGCCAUCGAAAUGCAAAUGAAAUCCAGUUUCUCUCCCCUCCCUGACUGCAGGCCCUGCUUUCGCCCACUUGAAGGAACUGGACUUCCUCCACUUGAACAGGAACAACUUGAGCUACCUCUCCAGCCACCUCCUGGUAGAGCUCCCCAAGCUGAGAUACAUCUUCCUGUCACACAACCCUUGGCAGUGUGACUGCGGAAUGUUGUGGUUCGCCACUUGGAUCCUCACCUACCAAGGGGUCAUUGAGGGCUUGCACUGUGCCUUUCCCACCAUUCACAACACAUCUCAGUUUGGCCAGCAUGCUCAGGGGGCCUUACCCAGCUGCCCGCCACGGUCUGGGGUCAUAAAGGAAGAAGGAUGCGAUGGGCCCUACCCAAGCGGGGCUUCUCCCCUGGUUGUUGCUGCUGCUGCUGAGAAAUCUUUUUGCCUCCUCCUUGCCUGUUGGGCCUCGUACUCAGCUGUGUUCUCGUUACCUAAGCAACUGGAUAUCCACAAUUUCCUUGUCAAGGCUUUGUAA